AUGGAUAACAAUGGACUUGUUCUUAAAGUAGAAGGUAACGAGUUGUUAAUAAACCAAGUGAAUAAUGAAGGUACCAAGAGAAAUUUUAAUUUAUAUUUAUAUAAAUUAAAAACAAAAAAUGACAAAUUAAGAUACUAUGAAAUAAAUAAUUGUAUAACAUCUGAAAAUUAUGUUAAGGGAUAUAUAAAUGAAAAUAGUAAUAUGGUAUUACUUUAUGAUGAACAAUUUUAUAUAUAUGAUAAUGAGAAGAAGAAGAAAAGUUGUUUAAUAAAUUUAAGUGAUUGUGAACCUGUGGAUUUUAUAUAUUUUAAGAAACAUUUAAUUUUUAUUGAGAAUAAGAAAAUUUCUUUAUUUCAAGCUAAACAAAAUGGAAAAAGUAUGGUUAUGUUAAAUUUAAAAGAUAUACCAUUAAAAAUAAAUUUUUGUUCAUAUAAAAAUUUAUUCUAUUUAUGUACAAGGAAGAGAUUAUAUUUUUUAAAAUUAUUAUAUGUGAAAGAAAAUAAAACAUUAAAAGUGAAAAAUACAAAUAUGAGUCUUCCUAUAAGAAAUAUAAAUGAUCAAUAUGCAUAUCAUUCUUACAGAAAUUUAUUUCAUAAAAUUGAUCAGAAGUAUAAAGAAGUUAUACAUGUCUGUUGUUAUUCUGAUCGAGAAGUUACCAUUUAUAAAUUUGUAAAGGGGCAAUAUAAAAAUAAAAAAAAAUGUUUACACAAAUUAACUGUAAAGGAAUUUAAUAAUGACAAAAUUAGUGGCGCAUUUUUCUUUAAAGUCAAGUUAGAAAAUAGUCUUAAAGGACAAAUCAAAACAAGUCAUUAUAUAAAUGAUAUGACUGAUCAGACGGACAUCAACCAUAAUAAUAAUAAUAAUAAUAAUAAUAAUCAAAAUGAGGAUAAUCAAAAUGAUGAUAACAACAACAAUCAUAAUAAUAUUAUUAAUAAUAAUAUUGUUAAUAAUAAUGUGGUUCAUAACAAUUUUGAUGACAAUCACCUAAAUGAACCAAGUGAUGACGAAGAUAUCGUAAAAUUGUACCUUUUAAUAUAUAACGAAUGCGGAAAAGUUUUAAUUUAUUUUAUUGAUUAUUUAAAUGAGAAAUAUUUUAAAUAUGGAUUAAGUCAUAUUAAAAACGAAUUUGUUAUAUAUAUGCAACUACCUUUUAAACCAUUUUAUAUAUAUAAUACAUCGGAUAUAUUUACAAAAAGAGUAAUAAAGCAAAAAAAUAUUAUACAAAAAAAAAAAAAGUUAUCAAACAAUUAUAAUAAAUAUUUAGAAUAUAUAUUAAAUAAAGAAGUAUAUGUUAAAAAUCAUUUUUUCUUUGAGUGUGUUUUAGUAGAAGAAAAGUAUGCAACUAUAUAUACUAUUCAAAUGAAUUAUGAGUUUUUAUCAAAUCAUCAAGAGGGACAAGAAUUAGUUUGUAUGGAUUCAAAAGAUUCAAAUCAUAAGAUGAUGGCAAUAAGAGAAAAAAAUGAAAAUUGUGAUAAUAACCAAGAACAUGGUAAUCAAAACAAAUUAAGUCAUAUGUUAAAAGAAUCCAAAUUUUCUUGUUAUUCUGAUAGUGAUUCUUAUAUAGAUAGUGAAAUCACUUGGACGGAUAGCCAAGAAGUGAGUGAACAUUUAUCUUUUUAUACAGACACUGAUUCCCAAAUAGAAAAUGGUAUAGAUAAAAAUGAAAAGACAAAGGAUAAUUUAAAUGAUGAUAUGAAGAUAAAUCAAAAUAAUAAAGAAGACAAUCAUAAUAAUAAUAUGAAUUCGAUGGAAUUAUCCUUACACACAGAUACUUGUUUAAAAUCAGAUGAAGAAGAAUCUAAUGUAACAACUUAUUUGAACAAUUUUAAAAGUACUGAUGUACUAAAGGAGGAUAUAAAUAAAGAGUUAGAUGAAAAUAUAACAUAUGUAGAAGAAUGUACUAAUAAAGAAAACAUUGAUAUGGUGAAUAAAUAUAAUGAACAUGUAAGUGAUAUAUAUAAUGAUGAAAUUGUUUAUGAGAACAAUAUAAAAUUUAGCGAAGAAAAUUCAUACAUAAAUAAAGAAAUAUGUUUAUCAUCCAAGAAUAUAAAUGAAGAAGAAGUACACCAUGAAAUGACUCAUUUUGAAACAGUUGUUGUAUCAAAAUUAAAUUUAGAAGAGAAUCAUAUAAAUGAAGUUGAACAGAACAAAUCAAAUAUGAUAACUAAUAAUACAAAUAUAAAUUCGUUACAACAAAGUAGUGAUAUAUGUAUCAAAGAAAAUAAUAAUAUAUCAUGUAAUGGAUAUAUAGAUGUAAUAAAUCAUAAACAUGUGGAUAAUGUAAAUAACACCAAUAAUAAAAUAGGAAAUAUUACAGAGGAUGACUUUAAUAGGUAUGCUAAUAAGAAUACCAUGGAAAAUGUGGAAGAAAUAGAAAUGAAUAAUACAGUUCCAAAAGAUAUAAAUAUGUAUUACCCAACACAGUAUAAAAAUUCUAGUGAUGGUUCAUAUAAUUCUUCUUUAUCGAUGCAAAAUGAAAAUAUGAAAACGUCAGUUUCUUUGCACUCGAAGGACGAAAGUAGCGAAGAAUUUUAUUAUAUUAGUGAGGACGAAGGGGAAUAUUAUGACUUAAAAAAAAAUAUGGAUGAUGAGACGGCAGAUGAAAUAAAUGAUGAUAUAGAAGAAGAAAUGGAAGAUGAUAUAAAAAAAGAAAUAGGAGAUGAAAUAAGAGAUGAAUUAAAAGAUGAAAUAAGAGAUGAAUUAAAAGAUGAAAUAAGAGAUGAAAUAAAAGAUGAAAUAAGAGAUGAAUUAAAAGAUGAAAUAAGAGAUGAAAUAGGAGAUGAAUUAAAAGAUGAAGUAGAAAAUAAAAUAAAUGAUGAAAUAAAAGAUGAAAUAAGAGAUGAAUUAAAAGAUGAAGUAGAAAAUAAAAUAAAUGAUGAAAUAAGAGAUGAAUUAAAAGAUGAAAUAAGAGAUGAAUUAAAAACUGAAGUAGAAAAUAAUAUAAAUGAUGAAAUAAAAGAUGAAGUAGAAAAUAAAAUAAAUGAUGAAUUAAAAGAUGAAAUAAAAAAUAAAAUAAAUGAUGAAAUAAAUGAUGAAAUAAAAGAUGAAAUAAGAGAUGAAAUAAAAGAUGAAAUAAGAGAUGAAUUAAAAGAUGAAGUACAAAAUAAAAUAAAUGAUGAAAUAAAAGAUGAAGUACAAAAUAAAAUAAAUGAUGAAUUAAAAGAUGAAAUAAGAGAUGAAUUAAAAGAUGAAGUACAAAAUAAAAUAAAUGAUGAAAUAAAAGAUGAAGUACAAAAUAAAAUAAUUGAUGAAAUAAAAGAUGAUAUAAGAGAUGAAUUAAAAGAUGAAUUAAAAGAUGAAAUAAAAAAUAAAAUAAAUGAUGAAAUAAAUGAUGAAGACACAAUUGGAUUGGUAAUUGAAAAUAAACCAGACAUGCAGGAAUUAAAUUGCAAGAUAAUUGCUGAGGAACUAUUUGAAAAUGAGAAAAUUGAACAAAUUAAUGAGAAGGAUAAUAUGAAUAAUGAUAAUAAUGAUAGUAAUGAUAAUGAUGAUAAUGAUAACAAUGAUUAUAAUGAUAAUAAUAAAAAUAUCGAGAAGAAAAGCAAAAAGAAAAGAAAGAAAGAAAAAGACAGAAUAGAUGAAAAUAUAACAACAGAUUAUGAAUCCUCAAAAAAUAUUAGAGAAGGCAAAAAAAUCAAGAUAAAUGAAAUAGAGAAUGAAGAAAAGCAAAAUAUACAAAGAAAAGAAAUUGAGAAACAAAAUAAUAAUAUAUCAAAAGGUAAAAAAUAUGUAGAAGAUGUAUUUUCUGAUUUAGAUAUUGAAUCAUCUAAUAAUUCUACAAAUCAAUUAGAUAAUAAGAUAGGAAAUAAAAGUAAAUAUAAUUUCACAACAAUGUCAUCUAUGAUUAAACUUAAUAUAUCUUUAAAAAGAUAUAGCAAUUUGGUUGAUUUAAUUAAUGUAAAAGAUUGCAAACUAGUUAAAAAAACCAUUGCUAAUCUUGGGAAAAAAUAUUGUAUUAAAUUAUUAGAAUUUCUUUUAGAUGCAUUAUUUAGAAAUAAAUAUUUUAUGAACAGGUUUUAUUUAUGGAUUAGAAAUAUUUGUAAACAACAUAAAGAUGUACUCAAGUCAAAAAAAUAUCGUAAAAUAAUAACUAAAAUAUCAGAAAUAGCAAACAGCAAUUUAAAAAAUGAAGAAAUAUUAAACCAUGUUAUUGAUAAAAUAAAUUUUACAAUAGAUCAUAUAAUUAAAAAUCAAGUUUUUGACAAUGUAGAAGUACUCAAUUAUAGAGAUGGAACCAUAAUAAAAUGA